UUUGAAACAUUGUCGUAGCCUGAUGAAGCUGCCGGGUAAGCUUCACAACCUUGAGUGUCUUGCAGAGCUGCAGAUUGAAUGGUGUUCAAACAUUGAAGCAUUUCCAGAUGUGGGUUUGCCUGACAAACUGAAGCGUCUUGUAAUCCGUGACUGUGGUGCUCUGAAGACCCUUCCUCAGGAGAUUCUCCGCAAUAACAACUUUCUCGAGUAUUUAGAAGUUCAUAAAUGUCCUUCUCUUGUGUCCAUUCUUGAAGAAGGAAAUUUGCCAUCCACUCUGACACAUAUGAGAGUUUACUAUUGCAAAACCCUAAGAUCACUGCCUGAGGGUUUGAUGUGCAAAGACAAUAUGACUCUCAAGUACUUGGAGAUAGACAACUGUUCCUCUCUCAUGAUCUUUCCAAAUGGUGAAUCACCAACAACCCUUGAGCGUCUUGAGAUUAGUGAUUGCUCUAAUUUGCAGGCAUUGCCACUGAGCCUUCUCAACCUCAUAAAUCUUGAGACCUUGGCAGUAAAGAGCUGCCCCCUUCUUCAGUGCUUUCCAAAGGGUGGGUUGCCUUCCAACACAAAGUUUGUCACAAUUUCCGAAUGUGAGAUUCUCCAGUCUCUACCUGAAUUGUUUCAUAAACUCAAACGUCUUCAGAAGUUGGAGAUUUCUAGCUGUCCUAGUCUCCUGUCCUUGCCAAAGCAGGGUCUGCCUAGCAGCUUAAGAGAUCUUAAAGUUACUGAUUGUGAAAAGCUUAAUCCCAUGCAUCAGUGGAAACUUCACAAACUAUCCUCUCUAGAUGUUUUCAUCAUUGGUGGAUUUCCUGGCCUGAAGUCCUUUUUGAAAGAUUAUCCUCUUCCCCACACUUCAACCUCUUUAAGCAUUCAAAGACUCCCAGAUCUUGAAUCCAUAUCGGAGGUGCUUGAGAAUCUCACCUCACUUGAAAAGCUGACUAUCAGGGAGUGCGAUAAGCUCCAAUCUUUGCCAGAGACCGGACUACCAGCAACGAUUUCUGCCUUAACAAUUCAGAAUUGUUCACUUCUAAAACAUCGUUGUGGAAAAGACAAAGGAGAAGACUGGUCCAAGAUAAAAAACAUCCCCUUCGUGAGUAUAUGGUGAUGACAAGAAGAUAGAUAGAAACACAGAAGUUUUGUCAGUUAAUACAUCUUUGGCAUUCCUGAUCAACCCAGAAGUACUUGCUAGGUCCCAUCCUGUACCGGUAGCUAUAGCUGGAGUGUAAAGUGUUACAAUUUCUAUUGGAGAACUCCAUAAUUGUUGUGCUACCAGAAUUAUGGCAAUGUUUUCGGACAUUGCAAUCUCCUGAAGACUGCUUUCAGUAGCAAGGAUUGAUCAAUACCCUCGUCAACUCAUGUUGAUUAACUGCAGGGGAUGCACCUAUACAAACCUCACAUUUUGGAAUCAAACUGCUGCUUCCUCGUAAGCUGAACUUCCUUUGCAAGCCAUAUACUACUUUUGUGGUCAAACUUCUGCUUCCUCAUGGAAACUCAAACACAGAUGUUGAUUUAUGUUGAAUUUGAUGAUUGAUUGUGUAGUAUAUUUUUCGUUGAGAUGAGAAAUGAUUGCUCAACUAAGUAUGAUUUCGGAACCCAUACACUUUUAAAUAUGGUAUACUCGGGUUGCCUGUAGUCCUGUACUCUGAUUGUAGCUGUGGUAUAAUGAAGCGCAAAUAGUACAUGAUCAGAGUAACGUUUGGUAUGAACAUUGCCAAAAUAGAUGAAGGAAAAAAGGUUAUGCCAAUCUACGGAAAAAGU